CUGUCUCUGGCCAUUGGAAACCGUAGCAUCCCAGCAAGGUCUCUCGACUGUAAAAAUGUAAACAAGAUAAAUGCUGUUCGCGCCUUGGCGAUACUUCCAAUAAUAAACAGAUCAUGUUCUGAAACCAAAAAAAAGAUCGCGCCAUUAGAGAUCGCACUACCGAUUCACAGAACCAUUGCGACCGCAACCUACAUUCAUAUCACCGACAACACUGAGUUAGACGACAAAAAUGUAUGAUUGCAUAAUAUCAUAACGUCGCCCUGUCACGCCUGCAGGCAUAGCGACCUUUGACACAGUUAUCAUUUUCGAACUUGUGACUACCAUGCACAUGGUGACUACCAGCAUCCGUUUAAUCAGUCGAAAGAGGAACUGCGUAUAUGUGUCGGCUCCAGUGUCAUGAUCUACACUGUAAAACGCAGAAUCCUUUCUCUUGACGCAAGUGCAUCUCAACCGAACAAACAGUGAACCAGUGAAGCAGUUUAACUGCAUACUCCAAACCUCACCGCCCCAGAGCCGGAGGACAGAGCACCGACCAUGGCGGACGAUCUACCGUCCCGCGCUCCGUAUCCAGGCGUCACCAUGAACGACAGCACGGUGGACAAUGAUACAACCGACGCUAACUCCCCCAUUCCGGCCUGCUACUUUAAUCAACACAUUCCUACAACCAGUGAAAUGCUUGCAGUUGUAAUGAGCAAUCCUGCUUUGAUCUUCAUGAUGUUAGUAGCUCUUCUUCUAGUCUUCUUCACAAUGUUGAUGUACAUCGAGGGCCAGGUCUACAUCUUUAAGAAAAUCCCAGGAAGACGAAAGGUUCAUCUGUCGUUCAUCUUUAGUUUGUACCCGGUGUUUUCGGCGACAGCGUUGUGUGGAUUCUUUAUCCCAAAGGCUCACAUUGUGGCGAAAUUCACCUCAGAAAUCUGGUUGUCCGUGGUCCUGUUCCAGUUUGUACUGCUAGUAAGCGAGUACUACGGGAACAGGCAAAAGAUGCUGUCCGUGUUACACGGGAUAAAGAUUCCCUUAGCUGGUCCCCCGUGUUGCUGUUGCUGUUGCUGCUUCCUUCCCUCCGUACUCAUAAACGAAAAAAAUGUCGGGAAGUUCUCCCGGAGAGUGAAGAUUCUGGUGCUGCAGGUGGCUGUGUUGAGACCCAUCCUGUGGUUCAUUGCCAUCAUCCUCUGGAUCAAUGGAAACUACAAUGAAGGAGCGCUCAUGCUGGGCGAUGCCUACCCGUACAUGACGCUCAUCGCCCUCAUCUCCAACAUGGUGGCGCUGCAGGCUCUCGUCACCUUCUUCAAGAUCUCGCAGGACCCCCUGUCCUCCUACAAAGUCAAGCCCAAGUUUUUCACCGUGCAGUUCGUGUUGAUCAUCACCAGCAUCCAGAGUAUAAUCACUGGGGCCUUUGCCAAGUUCGGUGUCAUCAAGUGUCUGGGGCCGUACAGCCCUAGGGUCAACGAAAGAACGAUCCUCAACUUCACAGUCAUCGUGGAGAUGUUCUUCUUCAUGAUGCUAGCGGCGCUGUGGUAUCGCCGCGUGGAAGGCAACGUGGACCACGAUCUGAUCGAGCGACAGACCUACAAGCGCAUGUCCAAGACCAACUACAAGAAGAACCCAGCCGAGCAGAUCAUGCUGAGCGAUUACGACGCCCCCAACGGCGGCGACGCGUCCCAGCCGACGACGCCCUCAAUGGUGCAGAAGUGCCAGCCGGAUAGCAUCUGGCAACACCGGGAGGCGAAUGGGACCGGGAACGGCGUUGUGUUGACGAAGAAUGCAUCAUCGGAUCCAAAAGAGGACAAAUUGCCAUUCGAUGGGCAGAAAGAACCGCUGCUGAACAACAACACGGCCAACGGUAGGGUUGUCACCCAUAUCCAGCUCCCGUCCAGUUUUGUUUUGGAUACCUUUGCGUCUUCCAGAGAAACUGAUGUUUAAACAAUUCACGGAUGCCUUCGAGUCGGGCACUACAUCAUAAAGGAAUUCCUCCAUGACUGCGUCUAUACCACCGGACCUAAUAUAUCGACGGUGGUGUUUAUACGAAUUUCUGUUGACGAAACAGCUGCUCAUUGCUAAACACAUUAAGAGCUAUGAUACAUCGAAGUCUUUUUAAAUGAUCUUAACACAGUCUACCAUAUGCACAGUACGGGCCAAAGCAUCAGCUUGUUUAGGCAGAGUACGUUUUCUGCCAACGGAAUUAGCCCUACAGAACACAAUACUGUUUUUUGUAUGUUAACUUGAGUGACGCCUUCUAUAGUAAACUGGACAAACUAAUAGGGUAUGCCGAAUAAAAAAAAAAUGUUUUCAAUAGUUAAGAGUUGGUUCCCCCACAGCAAUGAGAAUGGGCACAUCGCUCGUACCUUUAAAAACAUUACAAAAUGAACUAUGUUAAAAUUGUUGUUAUAGCCCUAAUUACCCGACAACAGUAUCCUUUGACGAUCACGCGCUUUUCUGGGAAAAAAAUGUCAGUAAAUGCAUGUUGCGUUGUAUGGUACAGUGUGAUUGCCGACAGAAACUAAUGUUGCUUAUAGUUGCCGCAGUGCAUGGUCACAAUUAAUUUCACGUGUUUGGUGAAGUUAACUUCUAUGUAAGGCCUCAACGAUAUAUAUGUGUCUCUAGCUCUCUGCCCGCUACUCAUGCAUAGAAAAUCUACAGUGAGAGUUUUUUAGAGACAAAUGCGGUGUGAAGCGGCAGUAUGAUUUGAACGAAAACUUGCAGGCAAUGUAUCAUGGUGUGUGGUGUUGUUGUCUUAUUUCGAAAUCUUACAAAAAAGGAAGGAAAGAAAAAAGCAAAUUUGGAGCUGAAUUAUAAAAUUUUAUAUUGAAUUGUAUUGCAUUUGCAAAUAUACAUUUGUGCCAUCUUGUUUUAUUAUCUGAGUUUUUUUAAAGGAGAUACUUUUGUGUGUUAUCCAAGGUACUUAUUCCUUAUAAUGGACAAACAUUAUGUAUAAUCCGCUAUAAACUUUUCUUGGCUACCAUUUUUUAAUGUCAAAGACAAUGUUUGAAUAUAGUUAAAAUAAAUGCCUGUUCUGUUGCAAAAGGUUAUAUUUUUUAGCUUCCGUUCAGAACCAAUCCAUCCUUUGGACGUAAUUGUUUUUAUUAUGAAUAGCGCCCCCGUUGGUGGAUGUCCUUUGAGUCAUCAGUACUCGGUCGGAAUUGUGUGCGCCCUCAGUCUAAUUUGGUUGUACACAAAAAGUUGUUUUAAUUUUGAACACACACUUAAUUUUAUAACGCAGUGGCUUGCAAGUAACGCACAUUUGGCUUCAGUAAAUUAUCGCAUAGUUUUUGUAAUUAAAUGUAGAUUUUGAAAUAAAAUUAAUAUGAAUCAAAUGAUUUUCUUUGCAAGUGAUAGGCAUGAAUGAAUAUCUUUAUUUUGUGAAAUCGCUGAAACUAUUUUCUUGGGGGAAAAAUGACUUAAUUGUUUAACACGGUUUGAUUCAGAAACCUUGGUUUUAUCGAAAUGAGAAAAUAAAAUAAGUUUAAAUACGUCAUUGUUCAUCUCAUCCGAGAUAUAAAUCAAAUACGUUUCGACUGUUUGUUUAAACUUUUAGAUUUCAGGAUCCAUCACUUUCAAAACGAAUAGAAAAAAUACUGUGACAAAAUAAUUCAGAUUUAAUAACAAUUUGUGAGUUGCGGAUUUUUGAAUCGGGUCUUGACAUCAUAUAAUAAUUAUUCGGCCGCGAAUUAUAUUAGUCACUGUAUAGUGCGCGCACUUCUCUGAUGUAGUUAUGUAGUCGAAGGGUCAUAGCGCUAGUCAUUGCCAGCAAAUCAGAUAAAACAAAAACAAUAGCUUAAGCCCUUACUCAUAACAUAAACUACUAUGAUAACAAUUGUAGAAUAUAAUACUGGUAUUAUUAUCUUGUCGUCGACUAUGAAUCAAGGGCGUAAAUUUGUGCGGAUGACGGGGAUGAUGAUGGAAAAAUCCAGAAAUUGUUACCGAGGUUUCAUAUCAGAAACUUCAAAAGGAAGUGACAGGAUUGCUGCUAACAUUUGACACAUGUGGCUCUGUUUAUGGAAAAAAACUACAGGUUUAUCCACCUGACGAAAAUGUGAUCGGUUUUAUUCCCUUUUCAAAACCACAUUUACUUUUUCAAACAUAACUAUUGGCUAUCGAUCGGAGGACGUCAUUAGUGAUAUUCCUUUUGUUUUUUCUUAGUUAGGUGCAAAAAUCUGGAUGAAAUACGGGAGUUUCAAAAAAGUAACACUUUACAAAGGGAUGAUGUGACCAGAUAUGAACUUAAUGACCAUUAUUAUGGUUUUAUCAUAAAGUAGGGGCAGUAAGCUUUCCAUUGAUAUCUUGGAUGCAUUCCUCCGGUCAUGCAUUACUGAGUUCCAUUGUUUUAAAAAUGGUAUGCAA